CCGCCAAGCCCAACGCCCUGGCUGCCUUCCAAGCCACCAGACACCACGUCUUGACCCAAAGUACUGCAACUAAAGAGGCGCAGGACAGGCCCAAGCCAAGGCGGAGGUCGUUCUCGACACUGGCUGUUGGCCUGUUCCAUAUGUCCACCAGUUACCUUAUCAUUGCCAAACCAGGUAUAAUGAAGCGUUGGCAGUGACUGACCUGCUUACAGGUCGACGCGCUGGUAGCAUGGUGUUUGUGGGGUCCUGUGCGUACAUCGCAGGAGGACAUGGUAAUGCUGCAUGUAUGAGCUAACGAUACUCUGCCCUGCGCCUUCAGGCGGCCGUCUCCGGACCUCGGUGCCGUUUAAAAAUGUCUGAGUUGGACUCCCUGAAUCGUUAACCGAGGUUCUCAGGCUGAGGCAAAAGAUGACAGAGUUAGAUACAUUACAAUGUGAUCGAGCGGGACACAGGCCAGGGCAUUUGGGACCCGCCUGUGAACAUGCACGACACACUACUGGUCACUGACUUGCCGACCUACAAAAUCGCGCGCCCAGAAGCUUGUUGUUAGGCUAGCCCUGCAUUAAAAGCUUACUCCAUACAUUGCACCCUCUCUGCUGCAAGAUGAACACCACCAGCUUCAUUAAGGGCCCAGCCGUGAAAGCCGCGUGCAUCGCUAUCCUGGCGGGCACCGCCACGUUCGUGCUCGCUCGGCGAGGAGGCUUGCUACGGAUCCUUCGCCGCAAAAGCGACUGUAAACCCAAGGACAAGUCAUGCAGCGCGAAAAGCGGUAUCGCGACUGUUUCAUCUUCGCCCAACGACGCGGCCGCGGUGCCUUUGCGCGAUGACCUGCAGCCGACGAAGGCCGCCGAUGAGGCCGCUGACGCCACCUCCAGCAGCGGCGGUGAGCUGGCAGGGCUGGCUGCUGCCGCGGGCUGCGAGCACGCGGUGCAGUGCCUGGGCUACCGGCUGCCGACUGAUGACGACGAGCGGGCGGAGCUGCUGCUGAGCUGUGCGGAGGGCGGCUCCGUAGAGAACCUGCUGAACGCGCUGGCCAAGGAGCACUUUGAUCGCAUUGACAACGCGCCCGAGCGCCGGCGCACCGGCAAGAACAAGGACAAGUAUGAGAUGCUGCCGUACCCCGGCAACACGCUCAUGGAUGAGGCUGACCUGAAGGGCAUGCUGCGUGCCAUGGCGCUCUUCAUCAAGCACCUGAACGCUCGCGGCUACAUGCACUUCGACCUGAAGCCCGCCAACCUGCUAUACGACAUCGCGCCUGAUGGCAGCAAGGUCUUCCGCGUGUGCGACUUCAACCUGGCAGUCAAGACCGACAGCAAUGGCCGCGUCGCGCGCGCCCAGGGCGGCACCCGCGGCUUCUGGGCGUGGGAGACGUACUGCCAGCUGGAGGGCCUGGAGGUGAAGCACCCCAUCACCCGGGCCGCUGACGUGGCCUCCAUGGGGCUGGUGCUGGCGGACGCCGCCGGGCUGCACUGCCUGGGGGGCGGGACCCAGGCCUACCUGGAGUACCUGCGCGACCUGCCCCGCCGCACGCCGCCCGCGCUCAAGGAACUGAUCGAGUGGAUGGUGGCGGAGGACCCCGCCGCACGCCCCACUCCGGACCAGAUCCUGGCGCACCGGUGGCUGACGGAGUAGUGACGUGGCUAUUGCGAAGGUGACGGGUUGCAAGUAGCUGUGAUGAGACGGGGGGCAAGGGCGCGGGGGCACGCACGGCAUCAGCGGUUCCCCCUGCACGGCAUGGUUGCAUGGCAAAGCUUGCAGGCCGUGGUGCGUCGCUAGGGCGAUUGGGGUUGCAUUGAGAACAGUGGCUCAAUUGGGGACGCCAUGCACCCACAGCAGCUGCAGGGGUAUUGCACUUGACAGGACGGUUGGGCUUUCAGCUUUUAUCUUGUGCUGUGCCAGUCUGUAUGGAUCCACCGGUUUUGUUUUGCAUACGGCUCGUGCCAGCUCGUGCUGUCGUGCCUGGCCACAACCACAGUGACUUCUGCAUGUUGGUUGCCACAAACGUGUACAUGUGUGUCUGGGAUCGUGCGUCCUUAUAUAUGGCUCACGUAGCCUGAAUGGUAAUAAGACUUGAUGACUAGCUGAGACUGCUUAGAUUGCAUUGGUAACAAGAGGGACGCAGUUCACGCGCCAGUGACUGCUUAGGAUUUCCGUACGUAGGGUUGUGAAAGCGUUUUCCUUGUAAGGGGCCCGUAGGCCGGCAAUCAUGCAGGACCGCCAGUGAGGCGAGGUAGCGUAGUUGGCCAUCGACGGCGAUGCUGGACUGCGUGCCCGAUGAGCUGCUAGUGCUGGCGGGGGCAUAUGAAAUGUUGCGCACGAGCAGAACAUUCCGGUGUAGCAGCACCGGAAUGUCCGGUAAC